AGCGUGCUCCACUGUUUGGGGAAAUACCUUUAAACAGCCAUCUCUCCAGACUUCCAACAGUUUUUCAGCUUUCACUUUUGUCUAUUUGAGGAUAACAGAUAUAGCUGCGUCAUUUUUAAAAGAGGACAUCGUCUUUCUUGGACCGUAACAUUUUGCCUGUCUCUGGAGGGGAACGGUUUGGUUUUGCUCUGUCUCCUGCAGCUGCACCAUGUCCGACUUCAUCCUGCUGCUCCUCAUAGGCUUCCUCUUGCUGUGUCUGCUGCUGACGGUCGGUGGGCUGCUGGUUUACUCGGGGCUCCUUUCGGACGUGGUGGUUAAAACGGGAGCUCCUCCGAUUAGGAAUGUCACCGUAGCCUAUAAGUUCAGGGUGGGCGCCUACAAAGACUGCGGUGCUUUCUUCACUGAGUGCAGCAGCAUCUGCCCAAAGCUCAACUCCAUCGGGAUUUACUACGAUGACCUCAAAAAGAGACCACCAGAGAAAUGCCGCUACAUUGUGGGUAGUGUCCUGUGUGAGGGUGAAGAGAAGCCAGAUGAAGAUCUGCUGAAGCUUUACGAGAAGUUUGGCUACAAAACCUUUUCUUUACCAGAAGUGAGCUACGCUGUGACCUCCCCCUUCCCAAACACUACCCCCCUGUCAUGUGUGCUUGCUCCAUACAGGGUUUGCCCUCGACUCGUCUCCUACAUUGAGGAGAUGAAUCUAUCAACUGCCUUCCCAUUUCUUACGAUCUACCACUCAGAUGUCAUCCACUACAUGGUUCCAUUGUCUCGUAACUGGGACUUCUUUGUGCCUGAAAUGAUAGAGGAGCUCACUACAACCAAUAAAGACGAGGAUUCAGAUGAGGACAGAGGAACUGACAUUACAGGUGCAGAUUCCCACAGUGAUGUAAGCUCAGUAAGCGGUGGUGCAUCAUGGGACAGCAGAGAGACAUCCUUGGCAGCAUCCAUGGCCGCAUCUCUGGCCUCCUCUCUGCCCCUGAGAGACAUAAUGGACCCAAAUGAAGAUGGUAGGCCAAUGGAGCACAGUGACAGAGGUUCAAAUGACUCUGUGGACAGUGGCUCCUCCUUUGAAGAACUUGACAUGGACCAGGAAGAACUGGAUGGGGGACAAGAGACAGAAGACGGAAAGGAGAAAGAAGAAGCAGCUGGAGAAGAGGAGAAGAAGAAAGUUCUUGGAGGAGGAGAUGAGCAGGAAGGAUGCUGAAAUAAUAAGGGACAUAGCCAUGUGACUGGCAUGCUAGAGUUUCCCAGCUGUGCCGUUGUUGGUUAUAUUUUAAAUAAAGUCGUUGGUGGAUAUAAAGCUCUUCAUGGUCUGACUAACACCUAAUUUUUCUGCAUCUUCUAAUAAAGCCUGCACUUUUUCUUUUGCAUAAUCUCAGAUUUUAGAAGUAAGCCUGAUUGCAUGUUUAAAUGCUACUAAGACCGAGUUUAAAACCUCUUGAUCUGCAGCAGCAUGUGUUUUGAUUUCAGAGAAGAUGAGCAUAUUGGUUUUUGACUCCUGGCUUAAGAUCCAGGUUCUAAAGACAUUUCUGAAAGACUUUUGGAAGAUUUAAACCAAGAAUGGUUGAUUUGAGGUGUAUAUCAGGUGCACCUGCUGCUGUAGGGGUUAGACGUGAUACAGUCUUUUUCAAUUCUAAUGAAAGAAGUUUUAAAAUCUGAGACAAUUAAUCUGCUUAUUUUAAUCUAUUGGGUUUAUAUCUUGAAAUUUAACCAAGUUAGCAAAUUCCUUUGUGAGUGUAAAGGAAACCUUUUUUUUCAGUCUGUUUAGAUAAUUGUUUUUAAAUACAAAUUGUCUUUCUAUACUUGGAUUAUUAACCUACGAAGUAUAUUUUCUCCUUGCUGUCGCCAAAAUUCACCUGCUAUCAGAAACUAGUUGUUACCUCUUUGUAAAUGGAUAUUGUACUGGAAUUGUAGAGAUGUAUUGCCAUGUUAGCACCCCAUGUUGAAUAAAAUCUU